GAGCCACCGAGCGCCCCCUGGAGGGAAGUAUGUAAGAGAGUAACACUGCCAUUAAGAAAUGUUGUGUACCUUUAAGGUAGCUUGCUCACUUCCGUAAUGAAUUUCUUUAAAGCAUGACAGCUCCUUUAAAAAGUACUCAAGCACAGUUCAUGUGCAAGACACGUUUUUAUGUUUUAUGUGCACUUUAGUGUCAGGUGGAUCAGACAGCAUGUAACAAAUGUGUGUGGCAGGUCAACAGUCAGUCACUCUCCCUAUCACACACAGUCACAUACACACAAUCUUCAAGUCAGCGGGUGAUCGAUUGUCAGGGAUGUCGCUGCUGGUGGUCUCUCUGCCUCUCCUCCCAGCUGUGAUUAUGAUGACGAUUCGGUUCUGCCCCCCUCUGUUGGCCGUGUGUUAUCGAGUGUAUGCUGGCAUACUGAAACUCUCACACAAAAAUGUCUGUGUCACCUCCACCCAUGCUUAUGUGUUCUCCAACUGCACCCAUGGACAGGCCCAGAGUGUCCUGAUGACCUUUGACCUCUAUUCCACCACACACCCCUCUCUUAACAUUGGCCCAAAGAAAGGUGAGCUUCUAGAUGAAAUUGUAAAGCGUGAAGCUCCGUUGAGGGUUCUGGAGUUGGGUAUGCACUGUGGCUAUGCUUCGGUUCGAAUUCUGCGCCUCCUCCCUCCAUCUGGAAAACUGCUGACCGUAGAGAUAAAUCCUCUGACGGCUGAUAAAGGAGAGGAGAUCAUACUAAUGGCGGGCUUCAAAAUCCCACAGUUUCAGGUUCUGACAUGCUCCUCUGCUGAGGCCAUUUCUGCUUUGUCCUCUUACCUCGGGGACAGUCGCCUGGACCUGGUCCUAAUGGAUCAUGACCCUGAACAGUAUCUUACAAACCUGUUGGCCUUACAAAGAGGAAAGCUGCUGUCCAGCUCCUGUGUUGUGUUGAUCAAUAGAGCUGUAACAUCUGGAGCUAAACAUCUGCUGGAGUACGUGAGAGACAGACCUCAGAGCUACAGCAUCGGCAAACACAUCGAGGGAUUGAUGGAGUUACAGUGUCAUACGACUGGAGAUAUUGAAUAGUAUUAAUGCUAGAAGUUUGAUGUUUGUGUAAAAAACAUUGUGUUUCUUAAUAUAAACAUUUACAUUGUAUGUGUUUUAUAAUUAUUUAUUAUGUCAGUGAAAUUAAACCCAAAAUUAAAGAAAGCAGCAAAGCCCUAACGUGUCUUAAGAGUUCUAUUGCCUGGUGUGCAAAUGGUUAUGUCUUAUCCUAGAUGAUUCAUUUACUUUCCUCAAAUGAAAACUGUCAAGACCAUGAUGUAUGUGUUUAGUUUUGUUUCUAGUGAUGAUCCUAAGUGUAUUUGUUUAUGCUCAAGCCACGCUGGUAAAGUUGAUCAGCUUGGCCAUCUGCAUUUUCUGGAUCAGAUUCGUCUCAUAUUGAUAAGGUAGUAAAGCAGUAUAUCAACUCCUGUUGGGGGCUGAUCUUCCAAAUAUGGUAAGGAGCAUCACUUGCUUUUUUAGAACGAUGAGCUUUUUUACAAAUCGAUGCGUUUCAGAAAGGCAGGGCAUAGUGGAACAACAAUAAUGUACAAUGUGUAAGAAAUAACUGACGAUGGGCCGUUGAAUUAUUUAAAAAUAAUGCACACCCAAUGUGGCAAUUACACCAUAGAUGUGCAUUAUUUUUAAAUAUGCAAAGGUCCGGAGUCAAUUAUUCCACUUAUACCACGGUUACCACAAGCAUUGCUCUGGUGGUUAUUUCAAGACAUUUGACAGGUCAGGUGUGUGCAUACCUGUGCAAUAUCUCAUCAAAAUAAAGAAUUCAAUAAGUGGAAAAAAAUGUGUUUUUGAGCUAUAAACCAUGCAAACACUUGUAUUACACCAAUUACACAACAUUACAUAGUUUUAGCAAUGUAAUACGGGCUCUUUAAUCUCAAAUAUCAACUCAGAUGUGAGCGUUAAUACUUCAAAUCAACCAGACAGAUACAGAGAUGAAGGGGAAAACAGCAAGCAAGAGACGAAGUGUUGUUGAAUAAAAUGAAAAAUUAUUUAUAAAAUAAUCUCAGUAUAUUUAAUAUAGAAUGAUAAAAUAAGAAUACAAGUAGAUACAUUUUUUUAAUGGAUUUUGUUUUUCUUCAUAAUAAAAACCCUUAUUUAAAAACUGUAUGUUGUGUUUACUUGUUAUCUUUCACUAAUAUUUAAAUUUGUAUGAUGAAUUUAAAUGUGUGUGUGUGUGUGUGUGUGUGUGUG